GGAGAGAAACCAGUUGCUCGCUUCACUCCCAGCGGCUCUGCAGCUCUGCGGCUCGGGCUUGUUUUGGCGGUGACGCGGCGGAGCAGCCGGCCGAACGGCAAAUGAGUCAGCAGCGCCGAGAGGAUCGCUUUUUUCUGAUGUGGCAAUAAACAAGCUCUGUUGUUGAAACUUUAAGCGUUGUUUAACAGAUCAUCCGUGCAAAUGGCGGUACCCGCAGCCCAGAACCUGCAGCUGAACGCGGGAAGACGAAGCAGCCCAGUGAGCUCUGAGGAAAAUAACAUUCACAUCGACGAGAAAGAACUGGAAAACAUCACAAACAACGUCGAGGACGGAAUUUCACUCCCACUACAUUCUCCAUGGACCUUCUGGCUCGAUAGGUCCUUACCAGGGACAACAGCAGCAGAGUGUGAAUCAAAUCUGAAAAAGAUCUACACAGUGCACACUGUUCAGAGCUUCUGGAGUGUGUACAACAACAUCCCUCCAGUGUCCUGUCUCCCACUGAGGUGUAGCUACCACUUAAUGCGAGGAGAAAGAAGACCACUAUGGGAAGAGGAAAGUAAUGCAAAGGGAGGUGUGUGGAAGAUGAAAGUACCAAAGGAGAGCACAUUAGCUGUGUGGAAAGAGUUACUGCUGGCUACUAUUGGUGAACAGUUUGCUGACUAUUGUGCAUCAGAGGAUGAAGUUGUUGGUGUAAGUGUCAGUGUUCGAGACAGAGAGGACGUGGUUCAGGUUUGGAACGGAAAUGCAUCUUUUGCUAAUGAGGCAAACAUUUUAGGAAGAAUCUACGAGCUCCUUCCACAGAUAUCUUUUAAAGCAGUAUUUUAUAAACCGCACGAGGAGCACCAUGCAUUUGAAGGUGGUCGUUCAAGACAUUAGCAGACUUUGCACAUUCAGUGUCUUUCCUUUCACUGUCUCAUUCUUCAACCGUCCUUAGAAAAUGGACUGAAAAAGAAAAAAAAAAAAGAUCUCACACCUGAUCAGAAGUGUUUAACUGCUUUACCUUGCAGGAACUGAAAUAGGUUAUGUUACAGAUCAGUUCUAAUUUUAGGUAUUUUAAACUUAGGCUACAGAAAAUCCCUGUGGCUAAUAACUGAAAUGUGGUCUUGGCUAAUAACUUUCUCACAAGGUGAUAUUAGGCAAUAUCUAUAUAGUUCACAUGGAAGUGGAAUACGUUUUAUCACAAUAGAGCAAUUUUGCCAUGAACUUUUGUUUUAGUCUGUUUUUUCUUUGUUCUUUUUUUUUUUAUAGUUAAAUGUUACCCAGUGACCUAAUUGCUGCUUUUCCUUGUGUUAGCCAUGUUAGAAAUGUGACAUUUCCUCAACCCCAAAAUUCUGGCCCCAUUUCAGUUAGAGAAUAGUACCUGAGCUCUUGUAUGUUUUAUGCGAACAUGUUGCACAUUUUUGGAGAUUUUUCUUUUUUUGCUUCAGCCUGAGGUGUAAUCCGGUUAGUUUACCUUUUUUUCUAUUUUCUUUUUCAUUUUUUUUCCCUUUUCAGGCACCUUUCUGGUUAAAAUUUAACAUUUUGUAUUUACGUCAUUCUUGUCCUUGUCAAUGGUCCUGUGUGGGAAUUAUGUGUAAUGCAGUUAGAAUAUUUCAUAGUUUGAAAUUACUAAUCUAGAAAGAACUAGGACAAUUUUGUAGUAAUUUAUGCACUUAUUUAACAGCCCUUUCUUUAGCCAUACUGUAUGAAUGGUUACUUUCUGAAUUUUGUUUGAUGGUGUAUCAUAUUUGGCAGGAGUUCAUAUACUGUCCAAUUAUGAAACUGAUAAAUACCCAUGUAAACAUGUAAAUGGAUUGAAUGUUUAGUUUUUCUGCACCAAAGAGACCCCCGCCCCCCCCACCGCUCUCAUGUUGUAAAUUCUAAACACGUGAACACGUCACUCCUCCACGUCUGAUGUGAUAUGUUCGUGCACAUUAGAAGUAGUAGCUGCAGUCUUGCCAGAAGUGUAGUUAAGUCUAAUCAGUGUUUACUGGUCUUUUUAAGACAUCCAUCCAGUUUUAGAUGGCCUUUGAUCUUAGUGUGAGGUAUGUUUUUAAGGUUAAUUUGUCAUAUCCAAAAAACUAACUACAAAAAGACUUGGGACUAAAUUUUGACCUGGGUCACUAAUGUGAAAUUGCACUGGAAGCACAAUUGUGGGUUUGUCCUUCUAAUGGGCAGGUAUGUAGAAGCGGACAUACGCAUGCAGCUGACUUUUCAUAUGUACUAUAAAUCUUUUUAUGAAACACAAGUACAGAAAUGGAUAUGUUUAUUUUUCUGAGCAUUCUUGUCGGUAAAUUCAGGGCCCCCAGUCAGGAUUCGAGACCUCAAAUGGAUUGUUAAUCUUCUGGAACGGUGCCUUGUAUUCUCCCAGGGUUUCACUCAUAGAAUAUUGUUUUAUCUUUAUGUAUUUAAUCAGUUAUAAUGUACAUUUUUUUUUUUUGCUUAUAGGUUUUGAGAUAUUGAAUAAAGACGUAUUUGAGGACA